AUGGUUGCAGACAUGAGGAGUAGAAUGAGCUUGUUUGUUGAUGGGCUGUCUCAUCUGUCGAGUAAGGAAGGUAAGGUUGAGGAAGAGAAGUUGAGGGAUAGAGAGGAGUUUAAGAACAAGAGGGCAAAGACAUGGAAUAAGUUUGGGCAGUAUAAGAGUAAUGCCAACCGGUUAUCCUUCCAGCAGAAACAGAAGGGACCUACUCCAUCGUCUGCUAGUGCACCUGCACCUAACAACAAAAACAGAGAUGCACAUAGAGGAGCUACUUUAGAUACUGGCAGAGGAUCAAACCGCCUAUAUGCUAUCACUAAUCGCCAAGUGCAAGAGGAUUCGCCAGAUGUUGUCACUGAUCCAGGAGCAUGUUUAUCUUUUGUAACUCCAUAUGUUGCUAUGAAUUUUGAUGUCAUUCCUGAUUAA